AUGAAAGCUAAGUGGGCAAAGACACCUUGUUUUUACAUUAUUAAAGCUUCAAAAAAAUCAAUUGGAAUGACCGGGGCUACUAGCGAAUUUGAGGAUGAGAUCAAAAAGCUAAAUGAUUACAUCAAAAUUCCGGGUUACAGACGUGCAUUACCUGCCAGAAGGUGGGAUCCCAUACUGGCAAUUACAGGAUUCCAUCAUUAUUACGACGCCAAAAGAUUUCAAAUUCAUGCUGAUAAUUCAAUUAUUUGUGCAAGAAAUGUAUUUAGAAGAUCGUUCACGGAAGAUUUUCCAAAAGAGAAUCCGAGAAGUUUCAAAAGAUGGAAGAUACAUUGGUCAAAAGAAUUAAACCAAGAUAUGAUUAGAGAGUUGGCAUUUGGUUGGGACAUUGAGGAUUUUAAAAAUGAUAUGGUACAAAGUAGAAACAAAAACAUCAGUAAUGCAUAUAUCAUUGAACAUGUUAAAUCAGAGUUUGAAGAUUUUCUACCUCGGAAGGAAAUUUUAGAUGAAUGGAAAAUAUUGAAAGAAGAAAAAAAACUUUGA